GGGGUUCUCCAGCCCGGCACUGCCGGGGCGAGAAAGGGGCGGGAAAGAGCCUGCCUUGUGUCACCUCCGGCGCUGGUCCCUCCGCCCCCGGACUCCCUCACGGCCGGGGAGGAGCCGAGCGGCGGCCGCGCCGCUCCGGGCCGGGCCGGGCCGAAGAGCCGAGCGAGAACUACCGUCCCCAGCAGGCCGCGGGGCCGCCGGCUCGAUGGAGCUGCCGGGCCCGCAGCGGGGAGGUGGCUGGACUCGCAGCAUCGGGCGGCCGCGCUGGGGCCGCGGACACCGUCCUUCGGGUGUUACAGGCCGCAGUUGUACAAAAGACCGUGGAACCGCUACACGGCUCUUACUUGAUUCCUUGAGUUGCAGAAAAGCGUCUCUUUUUGGGUCUCAAAGUGUGAACCGAAAUGCAACUUCGUAUUAACGAUUUAUUCAAGCACUGUUUAGCAACCCCCAUAGGGUCUAAAGCAUGUUUCACCUGCUUGUUUUGUGUUUUUUCCUCAGAUAUUGACCGCAGUAUGGCCCAGUCAGCAGAUGAAAUGUCGCUGCAGAUGGUAUCAGCUGUCAGUAAUUCAUCCCUGCUUCAGCCGGGCUUCUCUCUCCUGAAUUUUGAUGGGCAUGUUUUCUUUUUUGGGCAGAAAGGAUGGCCGAAGAGAUCCUGCCCCACUGGUGUUUUCUUCCUCGAUAUAAAGCAGAAUGAGCUCAAAAUGAAACCUGCCUUCUUCUCUAAAGACUCCUGUUACCUCCCCCCUCUCCGCUACCCUGCUCUUUGCACGCUCAGAGGCAAUGCGAAGUCUGAUGAGCACGAGUACAUCAUCCAUGGUGGGAAAACACCUAACAAUGACCUUUCUGAUAAGAUUUACAUUAUUAGUCUCGUAAGCAAAAAUAGCAAGAAAACUACAUUCCAAUGCAUUGAGAAAGACCUGGGUGGAGAUAUCCCUGAAGCUAGAUAUGGGCAUACAAUUAAUGUAGUUCAUAGCCGGGGAAAAAGCAUGAGCGUUGUAUUUGGAGGGAGAUCAUAUACUCCCCUUGCACAAAGAACCACUGAAAAAUGGAACAGCGUAGUUGACUGUUUGCCCUCUGUGUUUCUUAUUGAUUUUGAGUUUGGAUGCUGUACAUCAUACAUACUUCCAGAGCUUCAAGAUGGACUUUCCUUCCAUGUUUCAGUUGCCAGAAAUGAUACAAUCUACAUUUUGGGAGGCCAUUCACUUCAAAAUAACACCAGGUCCCCCAACUUGUACAAGCUAAAAGUUGAUCUACCCCUGGGCAGCCCAGCCGUGACCUGCACCAUCCUGCCAGGGGGGAUAUCUGUCUCAAGUGCUAUAGUGACUCAAACCAGUGAUACAGAAUUUGUCCUUGUUGGGGGCUACCAGUAUGACAACCAGAAACGGUUGGCGUGUAACACCAUAGUUCUGGAAGAUAAUAAGAUACAGAUUGUUGAAAGGGCAAGCCCAGACUGGACACCAGAUAUUAAACACUGCAGGAUGUGGUUUGGCUGUGAUAUGGGCAAAGGGUCUGUAUUGCUUGGCAUUCCAGGGGCCAACAAACAGUUAAUCUCAGAUGCAAACUACUUCUACAUUUUGAGAUGCAAAGGAGCAGAAGAGGACAAGGAGGAAGAACUGACAGCACAAAUUUGCAGUCAGACAUCGACUGAAGACCCUGGAGACUCCACUCCAUUUGAAGAUUCGGAAGAGUUUUGUUUUAGCACUGAAGCCAAUAGCUUUGAUGUUGAUGAUACUGACACUUACAAUGAAGAUGAUGAAGAAGAUGAAUCAGAAACGGGCUAUUGGAUCACCUGCUCUGCCAGUUGCAAUAUUGACAUUAACACCUGGGUCCCUUUCUAUUCGACAGAACUCAACAAGCCUGCAAUGAUACUGUGUUCCAAUGGGGGUGGCCACUGGGUCCAUGCACAAUGUAUGGAUCUCUCAGAGAGCAUGCUUCUACGUCUCUCAGAAGCAAAUGUCAAGUACUUCUGCAACGAGCAUGUUGAUCUUAACAAAGGGCUACAAACUCCCAAAAAGGUGGUGCACCUGAAAAAGCAACCCAUGAAACCGUUGCGCAGAAAGAUAGCCAUGAAGUUAACAACACCCACGAAAAAGUCCUUUCUUCGGAGAUUGUUUGAGUAGAUUUACACUGCUGAUUUUAUUUGCCUGGGAGGAAGUGAAAUCACAAAGACAGCUUGUAAUGGUUAAAGCAGAAUGGGUUACUGGAGCUUGAAGAGAUCUUUUUAUUUAGCUGAUUUCAAUUAUGUCAAUAUUUCAGUUAUGUUUCAAAGCUCAUGAAUUUAUUUUAUCUCUUAUGUAUAUUUUUGUAAUAUCCAGAUAAGAACCCCAUCACAGAGGGCAUUGUGCAAACACACAGCCAGAUGCUGGUAACUUCGUGCUGUAUUUUACGCUACAACUUGCUCCCCGGUUAUCCCCAGUGAAUUUAAUGGAACUGCCGGUAGUAUAAGACAUUAUCCCAUGCACUCAGUGGUGUUAGCAUCUGUCCAUAAAGAACAUUAUAUUAUCCGUUUUAAUUUUAUCUCUUAGUGAGUAGUUCUAGAAAUAUUUAGCCUAAUUUAUACCUGCAUUACUCCAAUUUUAUGUUGGUGUAAUGAAAUAAAAUUAGACUAAUUACUCUGGUUUUAAACUAAAGUGGUGGCUUAAGUCUAUUGUGUCAGAAAUAAUGAAAUAUUCAGACACUGAAGGUCAGUUUUCUUCUGAGACUUCCAUUAUGGAAAGCUUACAUAUGGAGCAUUUAAUUCUGGAGAAUUAAUUUUUGAUUUUGAGAGGUACUGUAUGAUUAUAUGUCAGUUUUGGCUACAGCUGUGGAAUAUAAUCUCACAGUAAAAAUCAAAUUGCUUUUUUAAACCACUAUGCUCAACAACUGCUUUGUGUUUGUAUUUUUUAAAAUCUAGUAAGCUAAUAAAGUUUAUA